AUGGAGAAUCUUCCUCGUGGCCGUCGAAGUCGUCGCUCGUCUUCCAACCUCAACCUCAGUAAUAUCUCGCCACUCACCACCCACUUCAGCAUGACUGCUCCUGACGACCAUCUGGCUAUGACCGGUCCCCAGACUUCAUAUAUCCAGGGUGCUUCGGCGCCUUCGACUCCCAGCAUUCUGUCACGUAACCCCUCUCGUAAACGCUCGCGUCCUCACAUCCCUCCACUUAGCGUUCCAGCAACACCCCGUGGAGAUACCAAACUCUACAAAGCUAAAUCAGCUAGCCAUCUUCUUGCCGAUCGUCGGAUUUCUUACUUCGACUCACGUCCCGUCCGUCGGAAUGAGUCUACGGAAUGGGUUCAUAGGGCUGGUAUUGCUCUAACAUCAGAGGCACGAGAAAGUAAAGGUCAAUCGUGGCUUACUAGCCGUGCCUCUUCAACGAGUCUUUUAUCCAAUGGCUCAGACGCCGAGGAAGAUGGGGAUGAAAUAAUACAACGACGAGGAUCGAGAUCAUACUCUGAGUUCUAUACUCCACGAAGCAGAAUUGCAAGUGAUGCGACUAUUCGUCGACGAUCCCACUCACGUCAACAGGAGCUCUAUGUUGAGAUUCCGGAGGAUGGUGUUCACCCAUUAGCCCCAGAGUUCAUCGACGAGGCAUUCGCUGGUGAAUCAUUUGACGAUUUUGAAGAACCAGAGUAUACUGCUGAAGAGCUUGACGAUGAGGAGCUGCAUUGGUCAAAACGUCCAAGAACUGGACUUGGCGCCUGGGUCGAUCGUAUGGUGGGAUGGAGUCUAUUCUCUGUCGACGACGGAAUGGAUAGUGACGAGGAACAUGAACAUGAACAUGAACACCCUGCAGUUAAAGAGGCCCACGAACCUCCUCGUCUGAACAUCCCAAACUACGAAACCGGGAAGGCCGAGACAGAGGAGCGACCCGCGAGUCCAGAGCUUCACGAAGAUGGCGUUCUGUCAGACGUCGGUUGGGUCCUUGGGCUCACUGUUAAGGUUUUCCUCCAGGGCUAG